UGGUGUUGACCAAUUGCAUUGAUAAUCUGAUGGUCUAUAAUGUGGGCCUGGGCAUUACUUCCUGUUAUCCUGGCAGUAGGAGGCACAGCUGGUAUCUGGGCAGUGUAUGGAGUUGCAGUAUCCAAUGAAUCUGUUAAUCUGACUGCAGGAUUCCCAUACAUCAGCGCAUGUGGUGCCUACUACCCCCAGAGCUGCUGGUUCUCACAGAUCUGCAAUGUGAGCAGUUUUCUGAUCAUAUGGAUUGUGGUGAUCCGCUAUCAGCAGGUGCGUGACCUGGGUUACCAGUGUCGCCGUACCAACCUGGCAGCCCUGGUUCUCGGCUCCAUAUCCUCUAUAGGGAUAUCUAUCCUUGGCAACUUCCAGCAGUCUGUGUCUUUGGGGAUACACCUGUUUGGCGCUUUCCUGGCCUUCAUUGUGGGUCUGGUGUACUUCUGGAUGCAGCUGUGGCUCACUUAUAAGGCUGAACCGUCUCAGGACCGCCACUGGCUGGGACCACUACGCGCCGUCCUCUGCAGCCUCUGCACUGUGUUCCUUAUUGCCAUGGUUGUGCUGCACAACACGGGCUCCAAGUCUCCUGCAGCCAUGUGCGAGUGGGCUCUGGUCAUGACCUUUUUCCUCCUCUUUGCCUCCUUUGCCGCCGAGUUCCGGCUCAUCGAAUGCCACCAGCUCACUGUGCACAAGCAGAUAGGGGCAAAGAAAAAACAGCAGCCUGACCAUCGCCGGGAACCCUGAGAGAUAGCCUGCAUGGUUUGAGCCAUCUCCUGGUAGCUCUGGAGUGAUCGCUAAAGCACUACAGGAUUAUCAGUGCUGUUUUCAGAGUGAAUUAGGCAGUGCUAUGGACGUGAUAUUGCACUUGCUAAGGGGGCGCUGUGUAUGUUUGUGUUAUGUGUGGGACAUUGUUGGAAAGUGUUGUGGUGUCACCACCUAGUGUCCGCAUUUUGUCUCCAGUUUCACAUUCAUAAUACCAAAGAUUGUAGAUUGAUAAUACUUUCAACAAAAUCUGAAAAGCACAAGGAAACAAGCCAUACUUGAACACCACCAACCCCUAAGUUAAAUAAUGACAUUUACUCCAUGUAGCCCAUGCAUUUUUAGUUGAUAGAAAUGCAUGCAGGCCUUUCAAAGCUUUGUUUGUGGGUUAUUUAUUCAUUCAUAAUAAAUAUUUCAAUUAUC